GAAGGUCACUGCGAGUUGUAAACCCAGUCCACACUCCACCUCCUAUAAAUCCUCACCCGCUGCAGCCGGGGAAAAACACAACGAACCAUCGAGAGGAAAGUGCUCUCACUUCCUCCACUUCCCAGACCUUCUCUCCCCAAAACCCCUCCUCCUCUACCUCUUUCCAUCUCGACCGGUGAGCUCAGAGGCCUCGCCGUCCGAUCCUCGUCCUCUCCGCGAUGAGCACUAGCGGCGGCGGCGCUGCCAGCGCCAGCUUCGAGCAGCACGCGAAGCGGCGUCCCCCGGCGUCGUCGGGGCCGUCGCAGCAGCAGCAGCAGCAUCGGAAGCUGCUGAGGCUGUCGGUGCAGGACGGCGACGACGACGUCGCCGCGGGCGUCGUGCCGCCGGUCACCGUGGUCCUGGACGGGCGCUGCAUCUGCCACCGCGUCCACCUCAACCGGCACACCGGGUACCGCAGCCUCGCGGGCGCGCUCCGCCGCCUGUUCGUCGACACGGACGACGACCUCGGCGAGGACGGCCUCGACCUCGCCAAUGCCAUCCCGGGCCACGUCGUGGCGUACGAGGACAUGGAGGACGACCUCCUCCUCGCCGGCGAUCUCAAGUGGAACGAUUUCGUUCGCGUGGCUAAAAGGAUCCGGAUUAUUCCUGCCAAGAAGUCAAGCAGGACGAAGAAAUGCGGAGGAGGAGGUCUAGACAAUUGAUCGCUGCACUUUUUACAAAACAUAACAUGUAAUUAUCUACUAUGUCUGCUAGCUUUCUCGAUAAAGUGGGUCACUUCUCGUUUACUGCUUGUUCGUCUUUUAGUGUUGUUGUUAAAGACCUAAAGCAAAGGAUCAAGUCCGUGUCGGCCUCCCGCUCGAGUCAAUGAUAGUUGAUGUGUUUGUUCGCUAA